AUGGACAAGUCAACCGGGAUCUUAGGUGUCGACAUAGGCUAUGACACUACCACAAUAUCAGAAUGGAUCAAUUACUCGCCAUAUAUUCAUACGCCAAAUAUAAGUAAGCGCUUUGAGACACGACUGUUAUGGAAGGAUGGUCCAGUCUUUCAAAGUUUGAAUUAUGAAAACUCAUAUGCCUUGUACUAUAAACAAUUUUUCCUUGGCAUCAAGUACUCAAUGGGAGCUCCAGACGACACAAUUCCAGUAAAUAGAUUUGGUGCAAAGAAAGUAGUAGAUGGGAAAUUUGAGUUGGUGGAUGGACUUGUUGUGUCGCCUGAAGUACUUUUUGGGAAGAUGGUUGAGAGUUUUCUUCUGUCUUCAAAGAAGAAGAUUGAGACGUAUAACAUCGUAGUUGUCAGUGUGCCAUAUACCUUCUCGACAUCCCAACGAAACGCAAUAGAUAUCGCAUUCAAGUUGCUUCACUUUAAACGCGUUGAAAUUGUGACAGAAGACUUUUCUUUGUUAGCAUCAUACAUGUUCACAGUGUAUUGCCCGAAUUUCGAAAGAGUGAAGAACACAAAAGAGUCGACUUUUAUACUUGACAUUGGAGCAAGUCACACCGCUGUCUAUUAUUUUAGUUGUAUCGGCCGUACAGGUACUAUAGUUUCUAAGCGUUCUAUAACAUCUGGAGGGUUAGAUCUUGACGAUAAAUUGAAAGCCUGUAUAAUGACCAAAAUACAAGUUCAGAGCCAAACAGACGAGUUAAUUCAAGAAGCCUUAGAAACAAGUCAAGAAGACAUUAUACACAAAAUUGAGGUGAUUCUUCCUUCACUUAAAAAGACCUUUACAAACAGUUCUUCGAUGUUUACAACAACAUUAGCACUUUCAUUAGACAGUGAGUGUGAUAUCACAGUUACUAAUGAAGAGUUCAGUGCACUUCUUAAAGACACUCUUGAGAACAGUUAUAACAUCUUUGAAGAAGUCGAAAGUGAAGCACAAAGUCGAAUGGGAAAGGAACAUAUGAUGGCGAAGACUAUCUGCUUUAUAGGAUCAUUGACUCGAUUGGUUCACGUCUUAGACUUCUAUAAGAGUAAAGGGUAUGAUUUGAAUAAUAUGAUGGAUAGAGAAAAGGCAAUCGCAGAAGGCGCUUGUGUCUUAGCUAAAAGAUUCUUUAUCACACAAGAGACAGUGGAAAGGUACGGAGAAGUCCACGACUCAAAUAAUUUGGACUUCCACAAUAUCAAACUUUUAAACUUUAACUGUUUUGUUGAAAAAGGAACAUUUCAAAUUAAUGGAGAGGACUUCCCUGCAAAGGCUAUAAAAUGCGACGGAAUGCCACUGAUGUACAAAGGAGAUGCGUAUGAUACAAAGUUGGAAAUUUACUUGAAAAAGGAGAAACUGUUUGAUGGGAAAAGAGGAUAUGUAGGCGCAUGUCUUCAUGUCCAAAAAUUGCUUGGACUGAGUCAAUUCAAUAGCGAAGAGUACAAACAAUUAAGUGAUGAAGAGAACUCUUGUGUCGAGGAAGCAAUUAUCGAUAAUAAUGGUGUUAAAAUGCAAUUUGGUAAAGAACAAAUGAACGUCUGUGAUACUCAGAAAAUAGCAAAUGAAAAGCUUAAAGAGUGGGAUGAGAUCACUUUGAAGUUUAACAACAUACAAACAACCAACGACUUAAAACUUAAUAUCAGAGUUAAAACUCAGAAACUUAAAAUACAACAGAGAAACGAAUUCAAUAAAAAAUUGAAAGCAUUGCAAACAGAUGACGUAGAAAAUGCAAAUCGUUUACUCGAAGAAGUCACUCAAUAUGUAGAUGCUAUUCAAAAAUAG